AUGUUGAGAGACUUUGUGAAGCAAAAUUGUUGUGUGUGUGUUAAAAAAGAAGUUAAGGAUAAUCCUCCAACAGAAGAUAUCAAUGAAGCAACGUUAAUACGUUCAAAUUUCCAUGGACUGGUUCGAUUUUGUUUCAUACAGCGGCGACUCUUGAUAUCGUCAAUAUUACUCACUGAUAACAACGGCUCGAGAUCGGUUUUUGUUCGUUCGAAUGCAUUUAAGGUCGAUUGCCCGCCGCAAAAUCCCAAACACAACAUUCCAGCGUUCCGUUCGUACGUAAGUUUACAAGUGAAAGUUAGCGGUCAGGUGACGCAAAUCGCUAAAACGCCGAGCGAUCUUAGGCAGGUUUGCGCUAAGCGACGCGAUGAAUCCGACUUGUUUUCGUUGAAAAAUGGACGUUGUCGGUACCCAUUCGAGAAACAGUUCGGGCAGCUUGGCUUCGGAAAGCUCCAAUUGCACGAGGUACGUGAAAAAUCGACGGAGGGACGUCGGGGAUCUCGGGUGACCGUUGCGUCGGAUUCCAAAGUUUAUUUGAAUUGUCCGGACGAUCCGGGCGGAAGUUCCGGCGGGAUUAGUGCGCGUGGUGGCCGCGAUACAAAGGAUUUCGAUAGAGUCGGUCGUUCCAUAAGGAAAUCCAAGGAUUUGCCUAAAUUGAAGAGCAGGAUUUUCGAGGAUAGCGUUGAGAGUCAGGAAAUAUCUUUUUACAUAGGCAAUAACAGUGAAGAUGAAACGACGUACGAGCAUGUAAGUUACGACUCGUUCGGCAGCGAUACCGAUUCGGAUUACUAUCAAGUCGAUGAAAUAGAACUUAGGCAUAAUGUCACCAAUACUCCUUUACCCCCCGAACCAGCGACGGAAGCAAAUGGAUUCGACAAAAUUACGAAGAACAUCAGCAGAUUCAAGAAAAAUUUCUCCAGAGAUAUUUCGAAGUCAUUGAGGAGGUUGUCGAAGAGGAUCUACCAGACUAAUGUGAACGAUAUGGAGAAACCUGAUCACAAGUCACUAUCGGCCAUAAAUUCCAGUGAUCCGAUCAAGGAAUCAUCCAAAAUAGAUUUAAACGAAACUUCGAAAUCCGAUAGCAUUUUGACGAGGAUAAAGAGGAGCGUUUCGAUGUCCACGGUAUCCGUAAUAAGUUUGACCAACUACUUCGAAACCCAAAAUGUCCCAAACCAAAGAAGAAGUACGUUUUACCUGACCGAUCCGAUCAACUUCGACGAUUACAGCAAGGGCAUCAACAUAGGAUCCGCCUCUUCCGAGCAGUCAAUCAACCAAUCCAGCUCGAAGUCGAGGAUUACGAGACCUAAAUUACCGCCACCACCUGUACCCACCAAGGAAUUCGAGAACAAAAGCGCGAUAUCCGAGAAGGAGUUGCCCAUAAUUACGGAUUUGGAGAAAACUUGCACCAGGAGGUCGUCCUGGUACGCGACCUACGACGCGGAAGAAGGCUACAAACCCUCGGAUUAUUCGAAAACCCUGCCGUCUAAGAACAAACAGAUGUCGGAGAGGGCGAAAGAGCGCAUUCGCCCUACGUCUAAACUGAGCAUCUUCGAUCCUACGAACAACAACAACAACAAUAACAAUCAGGCCUUCUCGAACGUCAUCGACGAGCUCAACGUCAAGCUGAACAAGACCAACAACAGAUUGAGCAGCGCGAAUACGAACAGCGCGGACGAGAACGACAGCAACUACAACACCCAGAGCGUCUACAGUUUGAGCAGCAACGACUCCAAGAAGGACGAUUCUUCCGUCACCUAUUCGAAAAACGACACUACUUUUUUGGACGACGAACCUCUCUAUCAAUUUUACAAUGCAGCUUUGUUGGAUUCUACAUACGACGAUUUGCCUUCGGAUAUCGAAUCGGAUAUAUACGAGGACGUCGAAGAAAUGAACGAGAAUUACGUUUCUUCGAGCGUGAUCGAUCAAUCGGACGAUCAGGCUCUGACGUCGCAGACGAUGACUUUCAGCAGGAGUCUCUGGUGCGAAAUACCCCAAGUAGUCAAUUCGACUGUUCUGAGUACUUUGAGUUCGCAGCAGAAAAAGCUGCAGGAAGCCAAAUUCGAGAUCAUCACGUCGGAAGCGUCGUAUUUACAUUCGCUCAACGUUCUUCUGAACCACUUCGAAACCAGUUUCAAGCAGUCGAAUAUAGUCAACGAGAAGGAUUUGGACGUGGUAUUCGGAAGGAUAAAGGACGUAAGGGCCUGCUCGAAGAAGAUCCUGCAGGAUCUGGAGAAAUGCUGGCAGAAAAACAUCCUGCUCGACGGAUUGUGCGAUCUUAUCCAGAGGCAUGCAGAGGAGAACUUCCAAGUGUACAUUCCCUACUGCGAAAACCAAAUAAUUAUUAGCGAAACUUUAAAUAGGCUCAAGGAAAAUCCGGAUUUUUCGAAUUUUCUAGCUCAAUUAGAAUCUAGUCCAACUUGCCAGUUUUUGUCAUUAUACUCGUUUCUGAUGUUGCCGAUGCAGAGGAUAACGAGAUGGCCUCUGCUCGUAGACGCCAUUCUGAAGAGGCUGUCCGAGUCCGAUCCGGAAUAUCUCACGUGCCAAUACGCCUUAGCGACUAUGAAUAAGAUCGUGUCUCAGUGCAAUGAAGCAGCUAGGAAAAAGGAACAGGAAAUCGAACUGAAGCAAAUUUCCGAAUCGAUGGAGUUCGAUAAGGACGUGCCCUACGUGAACAUAGACAAGCAGGGCAGAGUGCUGGUCAAAUCCGGUUCUGUGGUUUGUUAUCAGCCGAGAAACGAAGACACGAGGAUGACGUUCGGGAAGAGGUUCAGCAAAAUCACCUUCCAUUUGUUCUUGUUUUGCGAUUUCUUCUUGGUUGCCAAAAAGAAGAGUGAAACAACUUUCGCAGUACUGCAUCAUUGUCCGAGGAACUUGAUAGAAUUGAGAAGUGUGGACAUGUUCCCGGCCCUUAUGAAGAAAGACGCCCAAGACAAACAUCUGUUGUACCUUUCGAUUUUGGAGAACCAAAAUGGAAAAAUCGUCGAAUUUCUGUUGUCGUCUUCAUCGGAAUCGGAAAAGGAGCGAUGGAUCGAAGCUUUUACGCCACCGAAAUCCGAGAAUCCCGACGAGACUCUGUACGAGUGCUGGGAUUGUCCGCAAGUGACGGCCUUGCACGACUACAAUGCUUCACAGCCCGACGAAUUGUCCUUAUCCCGAGGAGACGUGAUCAACGUCCUGAGGAAAAUGAACGAUGGUUGGUACCACGGAGAGCGGCUAAGGGACGGGAAAAUGGGCUGGUUUCCGGCUAACCACACUGUAGAAAUAGUCAAUCCUCACGUCAGAGCGAGGAACAUCAAACAAAGACACAGGCUGCUGACUUUCUCUGAAAAUUACUUGAAAAGGUAGCCAAUCGGCGAAGCUGUAUUUAAUUGAUUUUUUGUAAAAAAAAUGUAUGAUCGUGUUCAUCUUGAAGUCCCAGACUGAGUUUUUCGACGUUAUGACUGUCGGGUGUUCGCACGGGGAAAUUCGGAGGCAAGACGAACACAUAUGUAUGAUGUAAUCGUUAUUUAAUGGUGAUUUAUAAUUUUUAUCGAUUGUAAAAUUUUGUUUAGUAGUCUUAUCAAGAUCUAAUCUAAGUAAAAGAACGCUUAUUUUUA